AAAGUGCCGUGGGUGCAGGUUGAGGUCGGAAACUAUUCAUUGACGCACUGGGAAGAGAGUUGUUUACAAACAACAAAGUGUCGAAACAAACCGAAAGCGUGACGAAAACUAGGAAAUGUUGAUAUCAGGUGAUUUCCCUCAGCGGGAUUGAGGCUCGGGCGGUCUUACGUACAUGAAUUAUACCCUCGGAGGAUUUCAGAGUAACUGUGGGGGUAGUGAGAUAAAGCCGAGCAGGUGCAGCGUCCAAGUUACACAGAGGUGUUGGCUGUGGGCAGUCAGCGGGACACAUGGCAGAGGAAGGCAACAAGCUGACACUGAGGCGCCUAGAGGCACCAAUCCACAAGUUCAUUAAAGUGGCUCUACCCACGGACCUGGAGAGGCUGCAGAAACACCACAAUAACAUACUGAAGUACCAGCAUAGCAAGCAAUGGGACCGCCUUCAUCAGGAGCAAAUCAAUGCCAGCAGAACGGUUCAGCAGUUGAGAGCUAACAUCAGAGAGAUGGAGAAGCUGUGCGCUCGGGUCCGCGCUGAAGAUGCCGCCGCCCUGGAAGAGCUUGUCAAGCCAGUCAAAGACAGGGCGUCAGCCGCCGCACAGGACUUCUUGCUCUUGCACUCUAACCCUGUGUCUCAGCCAACACCACCUGCCGCUCAGCCGUCCAGCUGUGUGUCCAGCAGCUGCCCAGCUGAUGACGAUGAGGAGCCAGUGUAUGGGAGACAGCUUCAGCUCCGGCUUCCAGAAAUCCCUGAUGAUCAGAGUGCAGCUGAGUCCUGGGACAACCUGGAAGAGGAUCUGAAGGAGCUGAGCGGUUUGGUGACGGAGUUCUCUCUACUUGUCCACUCCCAGCAGGAGAAGAUUGACAGCAUAGAGGACAACGUCAACACAGCCGCUGCCAACGUGGAGGAGGGGACCAAGAGCCUGGGGAAGGCGGUGGGGUACAAGUUGGCGGUGUUACCGGUUGCUGGGGCGCUGCUGGGUGGUGUGUUAGGAGGUCCACUUGGCUUGCUGGCUGGGUUCAAAGCUGCAGGGGUGGCUGCCGCUCUGGGAGGUGGCGCCCUGGGGUUUGCUGGAGGCAACAUAGUCCAGAAACACCGCAAAGCCAGAAUAGAUCUACAAAUGAAGCAACUGACUGCACCACCACCAGAACCACCAGAGUCGAGCAAGGACAAAUGACCUAACAGUUCUGGUUAGUCCUCUGACCUCAGGUGUCAGUGUUGACCAACCAAUCAGAAGUAUAAAAUGGACCUCCGACAGGGCUUACAUGGUCUUGAAAAGACUAAGCUCUGCUGUUACUAAGCACUGCUCUAACAAUGAUCUUCAGGUGUGAAUGCUAAAUCUAAUUUUCUAUACGCGACUGACAACUAAGCAGUUAUUUACACUACAACUUUUACUCCAUGUUUGGGUCAGUCAGGUACAGCUGUGAGCACUCAGACAGGACCAGGCGCUACUGCUGGUGGGUUGCUGGGUAUGUGUCUGUAUGUGUCAAACAUAAUCGCUGUGUAACAAUCAGGAAAUAACUUUUUAUUUAGCUGAAUAACUGGCUUUAUUGAGGCUGGCGCUCACUUGUUUAAUCUUACUUAGAUUAUGGCAUCAAAUAAUUUAACAAACUGUUCUGUCAAAUAAACACUGUUGUGUUCUUCAAGCACAAUUUUUUUUUUAGAUUAACGUGAUCAUGUGUAGACACAAUCUUUAUGUAAACAGCUGUGCUAGUGAGACUAGAAAAUGUUUUUACUAACAUUGCUGUAAAUGGUGUUACAUUUAUGUGAAUGUAAGGCUCCUGCUUCUUUGUUUAUGUAAAUUAUGCUGUAUGUAGAUACAGACUUGUUUUUGCAACGUGUGAGAGCAAAAUUGCACAAAAAGCACCAAAGUGCCACUGUCCAGAUCCCUUCAGGGACUGGAGUUAAGAACCUGCCAUGUAUUGAUUAUACUGCUGCUGGUUUCCUGCCAAAUAAAUUGUUUCUUUUCAACAUUAAUGACAGUCAUUCGAUAAACAGAACACCAGUAAAGUUCAGAGACUGGUAUACAAAACAUCAGACAACACAAUAUCCUGUAAAAUGGUUUUUAAUUUACUUUUUCAUUUUUUUACUCUUCUUCCCCUCUGAGAUGACUUUUUUUUUUUUUUUUUAGAAAUGGUUACCACACUCCCCCCAUGUUGCUCUCCUGUAUGUGGGCUGAUAUGUCACUAUGCAGGCAUCUGUUGGUUUCUAUGGAAGGGCAGGACGCACAGUACAAACUUAGCGAUGGGUCCCCCAUACUCUUAGUCUGGCUUUCGCUUUUGGAUUCAUUCACGCUCAGAAUGGAUCUCAGGGAUUUAGACUUGUACCAAAACCUCAAAGACAUAUAAAGAGACAAAACCAGUUCUAGAGAGAACUUGUACAAAGUGGCAGACUGUAAAUUUUCCACCAGAAUUUGGGUUUUCCCCUCUUGUCUCUGCUUUUUAAAACACUGGGAAGGAGGCAGUCUUUUCUCCUCCAGCAUGAUGACACAUUUGACAACAGAUAACAGCAAAAACAACGGCCAUUUCAGAAGCAGUGUUAAAGUACACCAUUUCAAAUCAUUUAUUUUUCCCUCUUAUUUGAUUCCUAGGAUUGCAACUCAGAGGUGUUUGGGCAAACACCACACCUUUACAAAAAAAAGGUAUCCAGCCCACUUUGACUUUUUGAUGUUUUACUGUUUUACAGUAGUGGAGGUAAUCAGCAUUUUAGACGCCGAGCAACAACAACAACAAAAAGACAGCUUGGUCUUGAGAACAAAAUUAACAAAAUCUCUGAUUGCAUAAGUAUCUGCGUCCUUCAAGACAAUACUUAAUAGAGGCACCUUUGGUAACAAUUACAGCCUCAGGUCUGUUUCAAUAGGUCUGUCAACAGCUUUUAAACUCUGGACACAAACUCUUUCCCUUCCGAGUUAAUUUGUUUUACUUUGAGUGAAUAGCAAUUAUCAAGUCCUGACACAGAUUCUGGAUUGGACCAAUUUAGCUAAUCCAGGACAUUCACAUGGCUGUUAAGCCAUUCCUGCAUCAAUUUGGUAUGUAAAAUAAACAUCUGUAGUUGGAUGCUUUCACCAGUAUUUCUUUGUAUUUUGCUGCAUCAGUUUUAACCUUCUACCGUCACAGGAAGCGGCUGCAGAGAAGCCUCCACACAGCAUGAUGCUGCCACCACCAGGCUUCAUGAUGGGGAUGGUGUACGGUUAUACUAAAACACAGAAUUUAGUAUGAUGGCCAAAAGUUCAUUCACUUACGAUAUUUUCUGUCAAUUGUUGACCCAAUUUUUUU